CACACACACACGCGCGGACUUCAGGAGAGAGAGGGAGAGUGUGAGAGGGAGAGAGGGAGAUGCUGAGCCGCUUGAGAGGCAAGUAACGCUGGGAUUUCCCGCUGCAUCUCGCUGAGGACUCGGCCCUUUGCCUUUCUGGGGAGGAGAUGGAGGGACUGAGCCCAUAGCAGGUCGAUCAGACGAGAGAUGCUUCAGGAGAAGGCCUCAGCUGUGGCUGAUGAAGGCGUGACUGUGGCCCAGUCUGGUGGGCUUCCUGAGCUUGCUGCUGACUCCUCACAUCUGGGUCUGCCUGCAACUCCCAACAUCCCCCACAACAAUGAAGUUGACCAGAAUAUAGAGAACAUCAAAGUGGUUCUUCAUGAGCGGGAACUGUGGAAGAAGUUCCACGAGGCAGGAACAGAGAUGAUCAUCACUAAAGCAGGCAGGCGCAUGUUCCCCAGCUACAAGGUAAAAGUCACAGGGAUGAAUCCAAAAACCAAGUACAUCCUCUUAAUUGACAUUGUUCCAGCUGAUGACCAUCGUUACAAGUUCUGCGAUAAUAAAUGGAUGGUGGCUGGAAAAGCAGAGCCAGCCAUGCCUGGACGGCUCUACGUCCACCCCGACUCUCCUGCAACGGGAGCUCACUGGAUGAGGCAGUUGGUCUCGUUUCAGAAACUGAAACUAACAAACAACCAUCUGGACCCCUUUGGGCAUAUCAUCCUGAACUCCAUGCACAAAUACCAGCCCAGGCUGCACAUCGUAAAAGCAGAUGAGAACAACGCUUUUGGCUCCAAGAACACUGCUUACUGCACCCAUGUGUUCCAUGAGACCGCAUUUAUCUCUGUGACAUCCUACCAGAACCAUAAGAUAACACAGUUAAAGAUUGAGAACAAUCCAUUUGCCAAAGGUUUUCGUGGUAGUGAUGAGGGAGAUCUGCGUGUGUCCAGACUCCAAGGGAAAGACUACCCAGUGAUCUCCAAGAACAUGGUACGGCAGCGGCUCAUCUCUUCACACCCUCAUCUGUCUGGAAAGUUAGGUGCAGGGGUACUGAGUGGUCACCCACAAGUCCACUCUCACUAUCAGUAUGACAGUGGUGUGCCCCUGCCCAGUUCAGACUCCCAGGAGCCCCUCUCUACCCCAUUCCCUUCAAGCCGAGAACCCAGUCUGCUUUAUCAUUGCUUCAAGCACAGAGAUAACACCAGGCACUUGGAGUUGGGUUGUAAACGGCCCUAUCUUGACACAGCGCCCGCAGCUGUUUCGGAGGAGCAUUAUUUCCGCUCCCCUCCUUCAUACGAGCCUCCUUUACUGUCCCACUCCUACUGUGGUGAGGCGCUGGGCUCGAGAGAGGCCUGUAUGUACGGGGGUAUGGAUGGGGAGGCAGGGGCAGGAGGGGCAGUUGGUUCUGAGGAACUGCCCCCACCCUCCCUGAACUGCAACAUGUGGGCUUCAGUGCAGCCGUACCCUCGCUACGGCAUGCAGACUGUCGAGCCUAUGCCUUACCAGCCCUUCACUGCCCAUUUCACCAGCACAGCCACCGCUGCCUCUGUGGUGCCCCACCACUCGCCAUCUAUGCAACGGCCUCAGCCAGCACCUCCGGUUCCUGACCUUGUGUCCUUUGCUACACAGCGGGCUUUUCCACCAGCACCUUCUUCCUCGUCAUCCUCUUCCUCCUCCCCAUCUGGUCCCAGCUCCCGUGACAGAGGAGCCCACCCUCCUAUCUAUCACAGAAAGCCCGGCUCCCCUCUGCGACCUCACAGGGAUUUCUCAGCCUACCCGGCCCAAAGCCCCACGUCGACAAGAGAGUCCAUCUACCAGUAUCAGAUGGGCCUCAGCAGCAUAGGUCCUCACUGGACUGACAGCUAAAAGGAGAUAUAUAAUGAUGCAGUGUUGUUUAGUGUGACGUUUGUCUACUGCCUUGGAGUCAUAGGGUCUCUGAGAACAGCAAUGAGAUUAUUUGUAUUUUUCUAUACAUCCAUGAUGCUAACUUGCCAAGCAAAGCCAUAAUGCUGUAGUAAGUGCAGAGUUUUCAAAUCUAUAUAGCCCGUAUAGCAUUAAAUCCCUUCAGUAUGUGCCAAUGUCAUAUUUAUUUCAGUAUGGUACAUUUAUAAUUGCACUUAUAAUUACAGUGGAUGGAACCAUGGAAACGCAGUGAGCUAAAUUAUGUCUAGCAUAAUGAUGCUCUAAAUCUUUCAGUACUAAGAGUGUUUCAAAGCACAAAUGUGUGAAUGCUUAUCAGUAUGAUGCAGAGGAUCAUAUUGGAGUAAAUGAAUUGAACAAACUUUUUUUUGAGAACAUUUGUUUUAGCUAUUGUAUGUGGAUUUUCUGUGGCAUUUCUGAAAUGUGUGCAACUCAGUGGCUGGGGACAUUUUUUUUUCUUUAAUAACUGGACACAUUAUUGUUCAGCAUCAAAGUACUAACUGAAUCCAGUCCUAUUCACACAGUAAAAAAUUCAAAAUCAUUCACCUGAGGCUUACCUAUAAACUGCAAAAUAUACUGGCUUAUCCAUGUCUGUGAGGCCUACAUUUUUUAUAUAAAUUUGUUUAUGUAUUAUGGUCAGGUGAUAAAUACUAGAAAAAUGACUAUGCAAGAAAUAUGUCUUUAAAACAUUUAACAGCACUGCUGAGUCAAGCGGAGUUAAGUCGAGUCAAGCUGUAGCAGCUGUAGAGGAAUAUCAAAUCAGUUCGAAUCUUCGGCAAACCUUGGCUCAACACUUUGUGCUGGUCCCGAUAUAAGCUCAAAUGAGAUGUCUCAGAAGGUCAUUCUGGACCUGCCUGUGUCCAUAAAGAUUGGUCACCUCAGCCGUAUGUGCUGGGAGCAGAGAAAUUCAGUUGUAAUACUGCCAUUAGUGUUUAAAAUGUUGCACUUAGUAAACUGGGACAUAAUAGAGGUCCCUUCCAAGCAGAUGGGGGCUUAAAGAGUGAUCAUUAAGCCAAGAGCUGAGAAGAACAGAGAACUCUGUUGAGAAGUCCAAGACCCAAGACCCAAACGACUGAGCUGGAAAAAUCCUUACAAGACUGAAAAUGUAAAACAGCCUCCAUAGGCAAGUAGCCAUGAGGCAAACUCAAAGAGGAUGGACCAUAACUUGGUAAGCCUACUUUCAAAAGACAAAGGGAUGUGCCAGAAAUGCAUAUGGUGGUCUGGUAACCCACAUGAUCCAAUUUGUGCUUUGGACUCAACAUGUAACAAGUUAUCUCUAUACUGGGGUUCAGUUUUUUUGCACACCUGUCAAAUAA